AUGGGAAUUAGUUGUUCAAAUCCCAAAAAAAUUGAAAAAGAAGUUUAAUAGCUGUUUAAAAUACCAAUUUAUUAAAUAUUGAAAACAAAACUUAACUAUUUUACCUAUACUCUAAUUUAAAAAUUAAUUAUGAUCUAAGAAUAUUUCUGUGCUAAUUGGGACCAUCGCCAACUCAGGUAGAAGGUGAAAACACUCUAAAUUUUAACCUCCAGAAGUAUUAAGAAAGUACUUUUUUUAUUUUGACCUACUUAAAAUGUGUAUUAUUCAGUUGUUAAAAUUAGAGAAGAAGGGAAAAUUUAUUCAUACAGAUCUAAUGUUUUAAAAAUUUUGAGAUAUAAAUACUCUUGUGGAAUAAAUUGUAGCAUAGACCAAAAGUAACUGAAAUAUUGAAAUAUGGAAUUACAAUUUAAAGGGAAGGAAAUUAAAGAAAUUAAGAGGAUACACAUAUAUGGAAAAAAUAAGGAUUAUGGAGGUAAUUGAAAGAAUAACUAUUUAAGUAAAGUUAAAAUAUAUGAAGAAGGUGGAUAAAGGUGUAAUUUGAGAAUAGGGUUUUGGAAAUAUAUUUAUAAAGAGUAAAGAAUGUAAGUAUAUAAAAUUGAUAAUCAGGGCGGUGUAAUGGAUUUUGGAGAGAUAAAUAACUGACUUUCGUUGGGGAAUAUUUCAAUGGUAAAAAGGUUGGUAUUUGGGAUCUUUUAUGUAAAAUAGGAAAUCAUAACAUUUUUACGUAAACAAUAUGAUAUAAACAUAUAUUAUGAAUGUUGGAUCAUAUGAUUAGGAUAUUAAGAUUGGAAUUUAGUAUGAGUUGAAUGAGCUGUUUUCAAACUACUAAUAAGUUUUACUUCUGGUUAUUAUUCCACCAAUGAGAAGAAAAAAGGUCCAUGAAGGUAUAACUAUUGAAAAAUAAUAGCGUAAAUUUUAUAGAUUAUUAAUUUAUAGAGGUGGAAAAUUUGAUGAUGAAGGGAAUUGUAUUAAAAUUGGGGCUAGGAUUGAGUUUAGUGAAUAAUUUAGUAUAAGUUCACAAGUCAUAUAUAAAGGUGAAUAUAACAAAGGGAAAAAAGUAUGUGGAUGGAGUAUUUUGUAUAGGCAGUAGGACAACGAAACAUUUUCAAUUAUGUAUAUAGAUAAAAAACAAUAUUAAAAUUUGUAAGUGGUGGGGGAAUAUAUGACAAAGAAGUUCCUGGCAUUAAUACAAGAAAAUGGACUGAGUUAUGAUGAUGAAUUUUGGGUUAAAAAAUAAGAUAUUUGUAAUGGCGAAUAUUAAGAUUAUUUUUAGAUAUAUGUAAAUUAUGACAGAAGUGUUAGAGGAGGAAGUUUUGAUGACAAAGGCUUGAAAGUUGGGAAUUGGAUUGAAAUCAGUGAGGAGUUUUGCAAUAAAGUAUCAAAUAAUUCAGGCAUAUUGAAAUAGACUAUUGAAGGUUAAUCUUCCUCAUCAGAAAGUACUAUUCUAAUAAUUGUUAUCCAAUAAGAUCUCCUUAAUCGUUGGUUUAAGAUUAAUUCAUUCUGUUAGAAAAAUUUUAAUCAAUGAAUAUUAAAUUUUGUAUACAG